AAACUUACCCGUUACUUCUGUCUUUAGUAGCGAAGGAGAUGCCAUCAAGGUGUUUGUGCGAAUCCGUCCUCCUGCAGAUGGUGAGCAGAGCUUCUGCUUGUCUGCGCUCUCCCAGACGACUCUCCGGCUGCACUCCAACCCAGACCCCAAGACCUUUGUGUUUGAUUAUGUUGCGGGCAUGGACACCACUCAGGAGUCUGUAUUCUCAACAGUGGCUAAAAGCAUUGUGGAGUCUUGCAUGAGUGGUUAUAACGGGACCAUCUUUGCAUAUGGGCAGACUGGCUCAGGGAAGACGUUCACUAUGAUGGGUCCAUCAGACUCUGAUAAUUUUUCUCAUAAUCUGAGAGGAGUAAUCCCACGAAGUUUUGAAUAUUUGUUUUCCUUAAUUGAUCGUGAAAAAGAAAAGGCUGGCUCUGGGAAGAGUUUCCUCUGCAAGUGCUCCUUUAUUGAGGUCUACAACGAGCAGAUAUACGACCUGCUGGACUCCGCGUCAGCUGGGCUGUACCUACGGGAGCACAUAAAGAAGGGCGUCUUUGUGGUCGGGGCCAUGGAGCAGGCGGUGACCUCGGCUGCUGAAGCCUAUCAGGUCUUAUCGCGAGGGUGGAGGAACAGGCGUGUAGCGUCGACGGCUAUGAACAGAGAGUCCUCUCGGUCUCAUGCAGUCUUUACGAUCACCAUAGAAUCAAUGGAGAAAAGCAGUGAAGCCGUGAACAUUCGGACCUCAUUACUGAACCUGGUGGAUUUAGCAGGAUCUGAGCGGCAAAAAGAUACCCAUGCCGAAGGGAUGAGGUUGAAGGAAGCUGGUAAUAUAAACCGGUCACUGAGCUGCCUGGGCCAAGUCAUCACUGCACUUGUUGAUGUGGGCAAUGGGAGACAGCGGCAUGUCUGCUACAGGGACUCCAAACUUACCUUCCUGCUGCGGGACUCCCUCGGUGGUAAUGCCAAAACCGCCAUCAUUGCAAAUGUCCACCCAGGAUCCAGGUGUUUUGGGGAAACACUGUCAACACUUAAUUUUGCUCAAAGAGCCAAGCUGAUUAAAAACAAGGCUGUGGUGAAUGAAGACACCCAAGGGAAUGUCAGCCAGCUGCAAGCUGAAGUGAAGAGGCUCAAAGAACAGCUGUCUCAGUUUACUUCUGGGCAGACAGUACCACAGAGCUUCCUGGCCAGAGACAAAGAGAAGACUAAUUACAUAGAAAAUUUCCUGGAAGCGAUGUUAUUCUUUAAGAAAUCUGAACAAGAAAAGAAGUCUCUGGUAGAAAAAAUCACCCAACUAGAAGACCUCACCCUCAAAAAGGAAAAAUUUAUUCAGUCUAAUAAAAUGAUUGUGAAGUUCCGAGAGGACCAAAUCAUGCGCCUCGAGAGGCUGCAGAAGGAGGCACGAGGAAGCUUCCUGCCGGAGGAGCAGGACCGGCUGCUGUCCGAGCUGAGGGACGAGGUUCAGACUCUUCGAGAACAAGUGGAGCACCACCCCAGAGUUGCAAAGUAUGCUAUGGAAAAUCAUUCCCUCAGGGAAGAGAAUAGAAGACUGAAAUUAUUAGCACCUGUGAAAAGAGCCCACGAGAUGGAUGCCCAGUCUAUUGCAAGACUAGAAAAGGCUUUCUCUGAAUUGUCUAGCACAGAGAAAAAUAACAAAGGUCUGCAAGGAUUUUCUCCCAAAGCUCUAAAAGAAUCCAGUUUCUUCACAAACCCUGAGAAGUUAAGAGCACAGCUCCUACAGGUUCAGACAGAGCUGAAUAACUCAAAGCAAGAAUACGAAGAGUUCAAAGAAUUAACUCGGAAAAAGCAACUAGAAUUAGAAUCAGAGCUUCAGUCUUUGCAAAAAGCAAACCUCAAUCUCGAAAACCUUUUGGAAGCAACAAAAGCCUGCAAACGCCAGGAAGUUUCUCAGCUGAAUAAAAUACAUGCUGAAACUCUUAAGAUAAUUACCACUCCAACCAAGGCCUAUCAACGCUGUUCUCGACUGGUGCCAAAACUGAGCCCUGAGGUGGGCAGCUUUGGCUUUCUGCACACGCACAGCUCUGGCAGCUUAGAUAACGACAUAUUAAACGAGCCGGUGCCACCUGAGAUGAGUGAACAGGCUUUGGAGGCCAUUUCUGAAGAGCUCCGAACUGUGCAGGAACAACUGAGUGGUCUUCAAGUCAAGCUGGAUGAAGAAGAACAUAAAAACCUGAAACUUCAGCAGAACGUUGACAAACUAGAGCACCAUUCUACACAAAUGCAGGAGCUUUUCUCAAAAGAAAGAAGUGACUGGGCCAGACAGCAGCAAGAGUGUCUCACACAGCUGAGUGAUCUGGAAAAGCAGCUUCAGGACACGCAGACCAAGAAUGACUUUUUGAAAUGUGAAGUGCAUGACCUGCGAAUUGUUCUUAACUCUGCUGACAAAGAACUUUCUUUGGUGAAACUCGAGUACAGCACCUUCAAAGAGAGCCAAGAGGAAGAGCUGAGCCAGCUUUCGGAAAAGCACGUGCAGGCUCAGCUGCAGCUGGACAAUGCCAGACUAGAAAAUGAAAAGCUUCUUGAGAGCCAAGCGUGCCUGCAGGACGCCUACGAGAGCCUGCAAGAAGUCAUGAGGUUCGAGAUUGACCAGCUUUCCAAAGACCUCCAGAACUGCAAACAGGAGAAUGAAACGUUAAAGUCUGACCUGCAUAAUUUGGUGGAGCUUUUUGAGGGAAAAGAACGAAACAACAAGUUAUCAUUACAAUUUGAAGAAGAUAAAGAAAACAGCUCUAAAGAAAUCUUAAAGGUUCUUGAGGCUGUGCGUCAGGAGAAACAGAAAGAGAUGGCCAAAUGUGAACAGCAGAUGGCGAAAGUGCAGAAACUAGAAGAAAGCUUGCUUGUUACUGAAAAUGUCAUCAGUUCUCUGGAAAAGUCUAGAGAUUCUGAUAAGGAACUUGUCGGCAACCUCAUGAACCAAUCCAGGAGUUAAGAACAUCAGCUGGUGAAAAAAGCAGAAACCAUAGACACCCUGAAACAAGAGUUGCAGGAUAUGAGUUGCAAAUACAGUGUUGCUAUGGCUGAGAAGGAGGAGAACAAAGAGCUGAUAAGGAGACAGGAAGAGGACAUUCUGGAGCUGAAGGAAAGUCUCAGACUGAGAAUCCUCUCAGAGGACAUCGAGAGAGAUAUGCUUUGUGAAGAUCUGGCCCAUGCCACUGAGCAGCUGAACAUGCUCACAGAGGCCUCAAAAAACCACGCUGGACUACUGCAGUCUGCCCAGGAAGAGCUGACUAAGAAGGCGGCCCUGAUCCAGGAACUUGAGCUCCAGUUAAGCCAAAAGAAAGAGGAAGUGGAGCAGAAGAAGAGCGAAUAUAACCUCAAAAUGAGGCAGCUGGGGCAUGUGAUGGACUCUGCUGCCGAGCGUCCGCAGAGUCCCAAAACACCACCCCAUUUUCAAAGUCAUUUGGCAAAGCUCUUGGAAACACAAGAACAGGAGAUAGAAGAUGGAAGAGCCUCUCAGAUGUCUCUGCAGCGCCUCGUCACAAAGCUAAAUGAAGACAGAGAAGUCAGAAAUGCUGAGAUCCUCAGGAUGAAGGAUCAGCUGUGUGAAAUGGAGAAUCUGCGCCUGGAGUCUCAGCAAUUAAGAGAGAAAAACUGGCUCCUGCAGAGCCAGCUGGAUGAUGUGCAAAGGCAGGACAGACUGUACGUGGACACCCUCACACCCGGUGAGUCCUCCACAGUCCCAGGACUGCAGGUGGACACCGUCACACCCGGUGAGUCCUCCACAGUCCCAGGACUGCAGGUGGACACCGUCACACCCGGUGAGUCCUCCACAGUCCCAGGACUGUACGUGGACACCGUCACAUCCGGUUAG